AUGACAGACGACAAAGGAGAAAGCAGCAUACGGACCUUAGCGCAGAAUGCUGUGCAAGCCAAUAAAGAUCACCAACAUGCAUUGAAGAUCUACACAGAAAGGCUCGAGGCAGAAUUGGAAACUGUGGACAAAUUGCUGGAUGCAGUUGAUACAGCUGAUCAGAACGAAGAACCUGAACUCGAUGUCGGAGGAUUCGUCCUUGUCCCAGGUUCAGUCAAGCCUAUAGGUUUAAUUGCCCCUGCCGACCUAUCGUCUCAGGACUCGCCAUUCUACGAAGAUGCUGCAAGGCGUACCCGCUAUCUUAACUUUACGGAGAUGCACACUAUGAAGUACAGAGAAAUUGAAGCUCUAACAGAGGCAGUCAGGACUGAGAAUUAUCGCAGGCACGCACUAGAUGCUCAGAGUCGAGGGCACAGAGCAUUCGCAGCUAUAACAGACCAACCGUCAAAUUAUCUCGAACUCAACAAAGCGGGCAUCGACUGGGGUCGAGUUGCUGAGAAAGUAUCUUCAGUUUCGUCUACUCCUAGAUCUUCCAGAGAGUGUGAGAUACGUUGGUUGGGUGAUCGUCAUCCAGAGAUUAAUCAUUCGAAUUGGGAUCAGGAAGAAGUUUCGCGAUUAAAGGCCAUGGUGAGUGACGUUCCGGAAGGACAGGUGGACUGGGUAGACAUAGCUGAGAAACUUGGGACAAAGCGCACUCCUUUGGACUGCAUGAAGCAUGCAAUUACUAGGAAAAUUCACGUUUGGGAUUCUCAGUCAGACAAGCGUCUUAUGGAAGCUAUGGACCGUUAUGGCACAGAAAACUGGCAUCUAACUAUAGUUGCUCGGUAUGUAUCGGAAGAUGCUACUCCCGCUCAAUGCACAAAUCGAUACUAUCGUUCUCUUGAUCCAGGCCUCAAACGAGGUGCUUGGACUCCAGAAGAAGACGAACGCCUUCGCCUCGCUUAUGCUGCAUUUGGCGCCUCAUGGAUUGAUGUGGCCUCAGUCGUUCCCGGCCGUAAUAACGACCAGUGCAGAGACCGAUGGAUGGAUAAACUUAACCCUUCUGUAUCUAAUGGCAAAUGGUCAGAUGAUGAGGAUAGGUUGUUGAUGGAGACAAUCGAUACUCUAGGAAUAGCGAGCUGGAAAGAGAUCAGUGGUCGUAUGAGCGGAAGGACAGAUAACAUGUGCCGUAAUCGUUAUGAGACGCUGAAGAAGAAAGAUAAAAACAUAACUCCUGCUUCUUCUCUGUCCACUAGCGGCCCAUCUCGAGAAGCAUCACGGCCUCGCAAAACCAAGUCCACUGUACUUCCAGCUGCAUCCACUGUGAAUGUUGCAGACCAGCAAACCACUGAAGUGACAGCACCAAAGCCUAGACCGAGGCCAAGGCCUACUAAAAAGCAUGAUAUCCAGUUUGUCGAUCCCAUUGUUGCUUCAUAUCCGGACAACCGAUCAUCGCCAACCAAAAAGACGGAAGUCACUAACAAAGAUAAGAGCAAAGAUCAAGGCAGGGGCAAAGGCAAAGGCAAGGAAAAGGCCACUGAGAGCGUAUCUGGAGGUGUAGCAGGUGUUAGCCAGUCGGUGGUUAUGUCACAUGAGAACAUUCCUGGAGAUAGUGCUGCCGCGCCCCCUACAAAAAAACGCAAAACUAGUCGACCAGCUCCCCGAAAUGCGAAGGGAAAGGAUCGGGAAAACAUAGGCUCAUCAAUUAGAACUAGUAACGUAGACAUUGACGCGAAUGGUGAUGCUUCACUCGUAGAUGUAGGACGCGCCGAGGCGAGGCCACCAGAUUCGAUCGGUUUUCAAGCAAAUAUAGGUCCGCCAUCUGGAUCACAACUUUCAUCUACAAAUCCUGAGAUCGUUCAUAACGACAAGGAGGUCCAUUUAAAUGAUUCUCUGGCUACCAAUGCGCCUCCAAUCAAGCCCACAAAGGGUGGUAGAAAAAAGCCGACUACAACAGUUCCACCUACGAGAGUACAACCUCAAAGAACUUCGAGAAAGACUAGUACUUCAACAUAGCUUGUCUUCAUCGUGUAGAUUUGAAGACCCAUACCUACUUAGUAUUCAGACGACACAUUUUGCAUUUUGCAGAAUGAAAAUGUUCUACUAGGGACAAAAACACUGAUCCGCAGUACUGUAUCAUAUCUGAAUGACACAACAAAUGUCGUUAGGUACCCCUUUCACGCCAGCUCUUUCGUACCACAAUAUUGUAUUGCCAAGAGUGUUAUCGCUCGGACCUCCCAAAGUGAAUCAUGAAAAAUUAAAGGUAGAGAAAAACGUUGGACUAACUCUCAACCCUCCAUCGUUUUCUGGGGUAGGUCGAUGCUUCCCAAUUUACGAUAUGUCCCAGGAGUUCGCCAUCCUCCUGUCCAACAUUAUCCUCAGUUGCUAAUAGAAGAUUCUUCAAAGAGUCUUGAACAAGGCCCGCAUUUUUGAGCUU